AUGUUGAGUCUGAUUAAAACAGUUUUCACAUUGCUACUGUUCUACUGUUUCUCAAUAUGCCUUACUUUUUUCAACAGUCGUUGUAUAAAAGUUUUCCCAUAUCCUCUGUCAAUUACGCUGAUGCAUAUUAUUUUAAAGUUCCUGGUAGCUUGGUUACUACGGUCAAUACUAGCAUGGUCUCGUGGUGUUCCAGGUAAAGAACUUGGUUGGUCAAAGUAUGUUCAGCUUGUUGCUGUUUCUGGGGCUUCAAGUGCUUUAGAUAUUGGUUUCUCUAAUUGGAGUUUUGAGUUUAUCACAGUAUCGCUAUAUACAAUGACGAAGUCGACCAGUGUCAUAUUCAUUGUCAUGUUUUCCGUGUUGUUGAAGCUGGAAAAAAAGAGACCCUCUCUAAUCAUCGUAGUUGUGCUCAUAACUUGUGGGUUAUUCAUGUUUUCCUACGAGUCUACACAGUUUGAUUACAUAGGCUUCCUGCUUGUCUUAUCAGCCUCUUUUCUUAGUGGGAUCAGAUGGUCUUUUACACAACUUCUUGUACAGGGACAGAGUUACGGUCUUUCUCAUCCGGUUGAUUUUAUGUACCAUUCUCAGCCAUGGAUGGCCCUGGUUAUUUUACCAUUUUCUGUUUAUAUAGAAGGUUUUGAACUUGCCACAGCGAAAAGUCUUUUUCGUACGGACAGUAUCAACCAGAUAGUUGGUAAUUUAAUCCACUUAAGCAUUGGUGCUGUAUUGGCAUUUGGUCUUGAAUUUUCAGAAUAUCUGGUUGUCAGUUCUGCUUCAAGUUUAACUUUGUCAAUUGCAGGUAUAUUCAAAGAAGUUUGCACGCUGUAUUUGGCCGCAAAAUUCAAUGGUGAUGUCAUAUCAACUGUCAAUUUGGUUGGUUUCUUCGUUUGCCUAUGCGGUAUCACCUUACAUGUGGUCAUGAAAGCAGUUAGUGAAACAAGACACAUCGGUGAGAAAUCGCGUAUAUAA